UGCGAUUCGGAAGGGGGCAGCGUGCUCCUCUUCGAACUCCAAGUCGUCCGUCGGUCCGGCGGCGCGGUCGGACUGUUGCUCGAGCGCGCGCAUGGCGCCAAGUCGGCUGCGGGGCGAACUUUUUUCCCAUUGGGCCGCUGCCGUUUCCGUUUCUUUGUUUCUUGGCCCCGCGCCCUGGCGCUGUUCGCAGCGCUUUCCUUUUCCGGGUGUGCCCGCUCUUCGUUGUCGUGGGUCGGGCCGGCCCGCCUGGCCGUACGCAGGCAGCGCCAGCGGGGAGCCCCGGCCCCGGCCCCGCGCCCGCCCCUCCCCUUGCUUCGUCUUGGGGGGCGCCCCUCCUGCAUCCAUGUGUGGUUUGCGCAGGGGAAGGGGUUCGCUACCGCCCGGCCGCGCGCCCCGGGCGCCGCUUCGUCCCACUGAUGUGUGCCCGCCGGGGUGGGCAGGCUCAUUCAUUGCCCUCCCCGAUUGUGUGGCCGGGGGAGAGUUUUCCCAGCCUCGUUUUGGGUCUUGGGGCGCGGGCCGCCCGCGCACGCCAGAAUCUAUCGGAGCGCCAGGCGGGUCAGCGAAAGAACAGGCGGCCGCCGGCCCGCAACCUUCCUUCGCCUUCCUUCCUUGCCGCCGCCCGCCCGCGGCGACCCGCUGGCCUCGUAACUAAGAACGCUUCGCGCGUGUGGUGCCUUUUGCCCGGGGGCCGGCUUCGUGUGCUUUCAUUUUUUAGUCCUUCGCAAGGAAGGGCUACGAGCGUAGCCACCAACGCCCAACUAGGCACGGCGCCGAUGCUGACCAGAAAGUAG